UAGUUCUAUUAUAUCUAUAUCUAGUAGUCCUGUUAUAUCUAGUAAUUCUGUAUCUGUUAAUGCUGCUGCUAUAAAACAAGAAAUCAAUUUUCAAAGAAUUCUCACUAAAUUAAUUACUUCUAAUAAUGAAAAUGAAAUAUCUAUAAAUAGUAGCA